CCCUUUGAGAGUGAGCAAGGACCUCUCAGCCCACUCGGUGAGCUCAGAUUCAGACUGAGAGGGGUCACAGCCCGAGGGCACCCUCCUGUGUGGCUUCAUCUGAGCUAACCACACCUCCACUGGCCACCAUCUGUGGUCUGGCAUCCCUGGUCCAGGAGCAGAAAGAAAAGCCUUGAGGACCGGCUGGAGCCUAGCCAGGCUGAAAAAAUGUCAAUGGUUGGAAGUUUUGAAGGUUUCCAGGCUGUGUCUCUGAAGCAAGAGGGAGGUGACCACCCCUCCGAAACUGAUCACCUGUCCACAGAGGAGGGGGACCCAGGCGAGGACUCAGAAGCAAUGCAGAUUUCAAGGCAAACAAGCGUGACUGAAUCAACACUCUACCCUAAUCCCUAUCACAGUUCUUACUCAUCACGGAAGUACUUUGUUACACGGCCAGGGACCAUUGAGACUGCCAUGGAAGAUUUGAAAAGCCACAUAACAAAGACUUCUGGAGAGACCAUUCAAGGCUUCUGGCUCUUGACUGAGAUAGACCACUGGAACAAUGAAAAGGAGAAGAUUGUGCUGAUCACAGACAAGACUCUCUUCAUCUGCAAAUAUGACUUUAUCAUGCUUAGCUGCGUGCAGCUGCAGCGGAUCCCACUGCAUGCAAUCUGUCGCAUCUGCCUGGGCAAGUUUUCCUUCCCUGGGAUGUCGCUGGAGAAUGCUUUCAAGAUGUUGUUCCACUGUCUUCUGGCUUCUAUAGUUCUUGACGAGAAGUCCAUAGUCACUUGAAUUGCUAUUACUCUGUAUAUUCUCAGGCUGCUUUCAAAAUUUUACAUUUAUCUUUAAUUUUCUGAAAUUUGAUUGUGCUGUGCCUAGGUAGGAAACCCAGAUGGCGCAGUGGUUAAGAGCUACGGCUGCUAAACAAAAGCUAGGCAGUUCAAAUCCACCAGGCACUCCUUGGAAACCUUAUGGGGCAGUUCUACUGUGUCUUAUAGGGUCGCUAUGAGUUGGAAUCGACUCAAUGGCAGUGGGUUUGGUUUUGAGUGCCUAGGUGUCCUUUUCUUCAUAUUUAUCUUAUUUGAGUUUGCUAAGCUUCUUGAAUUUGUAAAGUUAUGUCUUUCAACAAAUUUUGGAUUUUUUUGGCCCGUAUUUAUUUAUUUUUCCUGCCCUAUUCUCUCUCUCUUCUCUUUUUUGGACUUCAAUUACAUGUAUGUUAGACAUUUUGAUGAUGUCCCACAGAUCUCUAAGCUGUAUUUUUUUUCCUCAGUGUUUUCUGUUUCAUCUUCAAAUUGAAUAAUUUCUUUUGAUCUAUCUUCAUAUUUGCUGACUUUUUAUCUUUGUUAUUUUAUUCUGCUAUUAAAUCCAUUGGUAAAAUUUUAAUUUCCAACAUUGUACUUUUUGUUCUAGAAAUUUCCAUUUAGUUUGCUUUUGUAUUUUUUAUUUCUCUUAGGAUGUUUUAUAUAUUUUUAUUUUUCAUGAAUGUAGUUUCCUUCACCUCAUUUAGCAUAGUUAUAAUAUUAAUUGCUUUAAAAUUAUUUCCUGAUAAUUCCAACAUUUGGGUCAUCUCAGGGUUGCCCCUGUUGACUAUUCUUCUUGAGAAUAGGUCAUUUCGGGUUUUUUUUGUUUUUUUGUAUGUCAAGUAUCUUUAGAUUGAUUUCUAGACAGUGUAGGGACUGUUAAUUCAGUUACUUUUCUCCAAAGAAUGUAAGGUUUUUUUUUUUUUUUUUGCCAGUAAUUCAGUUGGUUAGAUACAAACUGUCUCACCUGCAGUGUGUGGAAGCUCAGCUCUCAGUUCAGUUAUUUUUUCCAUGGUUGUGCUGUUUGCUCACAUCCUGUGUUUGAGUGGUUCAGAGGUCAGCUGAAGACUUGGGCAGAAACUGCACCGCACCUGGGCCUCCUCUUCGCUGGCUGUCUUCUUUCUAGGAUUUCCCUUUCUCUUUCUGGUAGCUAUGGCUGCCCUAAAUUCUGUCUGCCUCAUGAUGGAAGGACAGUGUUUUUCUAUUGGAGCUUCAGUUGUGCCAUUUCACGACGUGAACACAGCCCGCCCUCAGUCCAAAGCUGCAAAAGCAGAAAACUCACCCAGUCCAGUCAUUUUUUCCAGGUUCAGCUCCCCUUCAAAAUCUGCCUGCCUUUAUUCUCUCUCCAUAAGCUACAGGUAGAAAUUUUUUUUUAAUUUCUUUUAUUUUUUAAAAUUUGUUCAGGCAGAGGUUCAGAGUUUUCAAUUGUUAUCUUCAAGGGGGCUGUCUACUGGGAAUCUGUCUGUAUAUGAAACUUUGGCAUGUGCUCUUGUAGCAUCUUUGGAGAUGAUUUUAUGUUUACUCUUCUCCUUAGGUCUAAUUAAUAAGGUGAAUCAUAUUACAAAUUUCCUAAUAUUGAAAUAUAUUUUACACUUUCAUGGUAUGAAUCACACGUAGAAUUAGUAUCAUUAUUUAACAAGCUGUUGAAUAAUAAUUAUAAAUACUAAUAGGGAUUUUGCAUUAGCAUUCAUAAGUUGGAUUGAUAUAUAGUUUUCUUUUAUUGUUCUCUCUUUGCAGGUUCUGGUAAUAUUAUUAGUUAAUUUUCUUUAAAAAUAAAGUUUUCUUUUCUCUGUAUUGAGUUUGUCAGAUAAAGCAUCAGCUUUCUCUGUUC